UCUCUCUCUCUCUCUCUCUCUGUUGCUCCCUCCUCCCCUCCCUCUCUAGUGUGAAGGGUUUUUUUUUCUUCAGAAGCUCAGUGUCUCUGAGGAAGGGGGAGAGAGACAGAGAUGCACUGGCUGUCUGCCUGCCUUCAGGAUCCUCUCCCAGCCUAAAGCAGCCGAGAUGGGAAUGGUCCGCGGGGUUUCCAGCAAAGCCUUGCUCCUGGCAUUACAAAGAUACAAAAUUCUCUCCUAAGGACGAGGAGAAGAGGAGGCGUCUGUGCUUCCUUGCAUUUGGGCUCUGAAUUUGGGGGGGUUGUCCUGAUGUGGGGCUGACUUUCCUGUGAUACUUUUUAUUUUAUGUUAUUUUAUUUUUGUCCUGAAUAGUUUUUUUCUCUCCUCCCUCCUUUUUCACCCCCUCCCCCUGCACCCCAGGUCCCCGAGAGCUUUCCUCAAACAGUGGCUUGUUCCACCCGUGAGGUUUGCCCUGAGGAAACCUGUGUGGUGAGGGAGGGGUGACUUGUCUGUUCCCUCCAAAGGGGCAGACAGCGAGAUGCAGUUUGCAUCCUCGUGUCUGACUGGGAAUUUUUGAACCAUUUCCUUGCUGUGCGCCGGGAGGAGACGGCAUUUUCCUCCCCAGAGGCAGCGGGCGUGGAGCUCGCUAGUGACCCACGCAAGAGGCGAGGUGACUUCGAUGGCGAGCGGGAGCACCGCACGGAUGGAGCGCGGGUACAUCUUUGGAUUCUGUUGUCUGGUUCUCUUGGACCCCGGGCGAGUUUGGACCAGGGCUCCUAACACCAAGGAUCCUGAGUUGGAAGGACAAAAGGGAGGCAAAGCCAACACCAGCUUGGGUCCUACCGUGGAAGACACCGCUGUGGCCCCAACCGAGGUCAUGCCAGGAGGUGACCGAUGCCUUGGUUACUAUGAUGUCAUGGGGCAGUGGGACCCUCCAUUUAAUUGCAAUUCAGGGAUCUAUCGAUUUUGCUGUGGGACCUGUGGGUACCGCUUCUGCUGCCAGUUCAAGCAUGGACGGCUGGACCAGAGCGGAUGCUCCAAUUACGACACGCCCGACUGGGUCAAUACAGGCCAGCCGCCAUCCCGGGUGGAUGAGACCCAUGAGGACCCCACUCGGGACAAGACCAACAUGAUUGUGUAUAUCAUCUGUGGUGUCGUGGCCAUCAUGGUGCUGAUAGGCAUCUUCACCAAGCUGGGCCUGGAGAAAUCACAGACCCCUCAGACGGAGAUGACUAUGUCCAGGACUCUCACAGACUUGCUGAAGCAGCCAGGCCACAGCCCCUCCGACCACACAGCAGACGGCCACGUAGGCAGUGUCCAGCUCCAGCUUGGUGAGGGCCUCACGCGGGGAUCCCCCAGGAACGGCACAGAUAAGAUGCACUUGAAUAAUGCUGUGGUCAGCACCCCUAUAGUCCCCCAGAUUGGCCUGCCACACUCCCACAGCAACCGCCUGCCGAUGACAAGCACCAUGCCCCUCCAGGCUCCAGACUACACCAAGUAUGCCACACUCAAGGCUGUAGAAGGCGCCCCAGAGGAAUUCUACAAGCGGUUUCCUGCCGUGGACAUGCCACCACCAGGCACGCUGUCCUUCCCACCCAUGGGGCUGCAUCAGAAAGACACAACUACCCUGCAGGAUGGCUACCCCCUGGUCAGCUUGGCCACACCUGGGCAGAAGGCAAAAGUGGUGAAAACCAACGCACACACCCUGGCAGCCAGCCCUGCCUUCAAGGGAGGCUGGGACCCUAGCCACCACCAUCACCACCCUGACAUCCGCCGACAGGUCUAUGCCACCAAGCGUCAGUUCAGUAUUGAGAAGCUGCCUGAGGUCUUCAGCCAGACGCCAUCCCACUAUGUCCCUCCCCAGCGGCACUUCUCCACCAAUAGCAAGACUGAGGUCACCGUCUAAAAAGGACCUUCAUCUUCUCUUUUUUUUUUUUUAAUAUCCCUGCAGCCUCUGGGGCUGGCAGUUAGCCAGUCGAGAACACCUGAUUGCAAGGUACCGGAGCUGCUUGCCUAUCACAGCUGGCAUUACUUGGUUGUGUGGCAGGAGACAAGAGAAGGGUUGUGGGAGGACCCACCAGAACCGACACACCGCGCACUCCCCCUCCCCCCCAGAGUACUUGGUUAACGUGCAUGGUGAACCAGGCAUGCAUGCUGUCCUGUGACUGAUGCACGGCUUUUUUCCAGUUCACCUGUCCAUCAUCUCACUUGUGUAGCAGACUGGUCAGUGUUGAGGGAAGCCAAGGAGACUCCAGUGCGGUUCCCUGUGGAAUCACAUUGUACCAUUGCUAGAGGGAGGCACAGACCUCUUAGGGGAAGGACAACUCUUAGAAGAUGGGAGCGAAAAACAACCAGUAAGUCCCUUGGUGCUUGCCUACUUACCCUGUUCUCUCCCUCUUCCUCUUGAUGUCAUUUUUAAACCAGGCGACAGAAUCACAAGUACCGAAAGUAUAAAUAACUGUACAAACAAGCAGCUGUCAAGGGCUUGAGAUGAAUUUUAGACGUCUCCCUUUACCUCCUGCUGAGCCCUUUAUUCCUCUAGCAAACAGCCUGUACUGGGUUUGGGGGCUUUUUUUCCCCUCCCAUUUUUGAAUGUUUCUAAUAAUAGCCUAAUUGAAUCUGUAUCUUCUUUUGCAUCCUGCACCCUUGGAUCCUAGGUGUGGUUUUAAUGGUUGGGGAAGAAACUAUUCUUGAAGUAUGGAACAAAGCAAGGCAUAGUACCACCUGUGUAAACCGUGACCACUGGCUUAGGGAGGUGAUGGUGAUCAGUUUUAAGUUCCUGUGAGAAGCUAUCUUGAUAAGGCAUAAUAAUUUCAUGAUCACUGGCUUUGCAAAUCCAGCAGAACCAUCAAGAUGUCACAGUGUAAAGGAUGCAAAAGUUGUGUAUCUCCCCUCUGUCACACUUUCUGUGGACUCUUUCUGUCUCCAGCUACCUGUAGCACCAGGCCCUGAAGCAAUCUCCCACCAGGUCCCAGCCCAGUGGGUCAUACUCUGGCUUUCCUGUGGAGCUAGGGGUGCACUCUAGGACAUGUGCUGCCCCCAACCCACCUAUGCUAUGCUGAAUGCGAUUACUCAUCAGGCUUGCUCCUCACCCUCAGCCACUUCUUGUUCCUGAGAAGUUGCAGUUUCAUGUUCUUUCUUCUUCAUUACAUGCUGCUUCUUGUGGGGCCCUGCCUCUGCAGGACACUGAUGUGACGCUCAGGAGCUGAAGUUUUGCUCUCGUGCACCUCUCCUGCCAUCCAGUGGCUCCCCGUUUCCAGAGGAAGCCCCAGAAAAGGGCAUGGCACCGCUCAUCAAGCCUCAGCAGUGCCAUGUCAAAGUGGCAGCUGGGGCUUUGGCUGCUUUAGUUGGUACUGUUGUGGAGGGCUGGCUUUACUACACAAUUGGGAAGCCGGUUGCACAUGGAACAGUGGCAGACAGGGACCAUCAUCUACCUGCAAUCAGUCCUAUGCUGCCAGAAAGUGGCCACCACUCAGCCCAGCCCAUCCAGCAGGGCUCUCUGAGCCUCACUCUUGUUCAUCUCAAGGCUGCUUCUCCCCACUCUUCUGCUAUUCUUACUACUCCCUGCGUCUUCCCCCUGGAUCUCUCCAUCACCCUGUGUGGAGGUACUUGAGGUAUCAACAGGCCGGCUCAUCUUAGAAAACUCGAGUAAGGAGGUGCCUGCCAGGACAACAUGGAGGCUCUCAUGUAGCACUCAGCCUGGCCCUUGAGGGGUUGUGCCCCCUGAGGCCAGGAAUUACUGUCUUAUGCUGCUGUUGCAGGGGAGAAGCAGAGCAAACCUACUCUAAGCUCUCUCCUGCCUUGUGGAGAGACAGAAGGGGGCUACACUGACACUGACUCACCCACCCAAGAAUCUCUGCCAAGUGAGGAAUUAGGCACUUGGAAACUGCUUCCCUCAUCCCUUUCAAGAGUCUGGGACAUUUGUUGCAUUGAUCAUUUGUUUCCUACACACAUUGAUUUUAGUUGCCUUUCCUUAACCCCACUCCUGUUCAACAGAACUUUAUUUGUACUGGGGUAAUGUGUGUUCCCAUGUGUGGACAAGGUAUGCUGAAGAGAAUGGUAUCUACUCCGCCAUCACUUGACAUGUGCUCUUUGUACAGACACAGCAGAAAGAUUGGCCAACAGCAGCUCCAAGCCACACAUAUGAGUUGUGCGGUUGAUUCAGGAGCCCUUACUCCAUGAGAACUUGGGCAUCACCAUUAAAACCAUGAGCUACUACUGCUUGAGCUAAGGGGUCAGUCCUCUAGCUCGAAGCAGCAGUCACCUCAUAAGUGGUUUCUGUGGCUCAGCUCUUAGCAGAAGCUCUGUAAUGCACACAGUCAACAAUGAGUUACCUCUUACCCACCUGCCCUCCCCCCAGCCUGCCCUCCUCAGAGAACAGUGAGGAAGCAGUGAAUUAGCAUUAGAGAGGGGAAAAGAAAAGGAAAGGCCUGGGUCCUGGCUUGCUUUCUCCCCAUCUCCACUGCUGAUUUGGCAGCAGUGCUCAGCCCUUUAGGACCGUGCAUAAGCGGAAACACCUGCCAGCUCUGCUGCCUGCUCUUCAAUAGGUGCUGCCUGGCGGCAGGGCUCUGAUGAGCUAGAAUUCAAUGCAAACCACCAACCACCUACAGCAUCAUGUGAAUGCCUUACACUAUGCAUUGUCCUCCUCGGCCAAGCUUCUCCUGUGCAACUGGGGUCUUGCUAAUGCCAUGGGCUGGGCCAGCUGUUCUUGGACUGGGCUGUACAGUAUUGGCUUCCUGGCCCUUUCUUGCCUAGUGAGUGGUACCCAUGACAGAGCAUCAAUGUGGUCUUCCUAGAAAGGGCAGCACACACAGGCCAAGCCAAGCCUGGGCAGGCUGGUCACCCUCUCCAUCUCCUACCCUCAUGGCACUAGGUCUUCCAUGAGAACUUGUAUUUCAGGGGGAUCUUGCAAACAGCUACCUAUCCAUCCAUCCAUCCAUCCCGAGGAGCUGGAAUGAAGCCAUCGACUCAUUUCACCCUGCCUUCUCCCCCAUACAGAGAUCUGAUGGCAAUGAAUUUCAGUUGCUCCCAUGCAGGGAAGGCAUUGACCCAGUGCCCAAAAAGGGCAAGGCUCCCUCACAUCUUCACUCUAGCCUCAGUUUCUUUGAGACUCUGGACCCCCCUGAAAUCAUAAUAAUGCAGGUACUAUGCCCCAGAGAAUGAGGAAGGCUGCAGGCUGUGACAGGUUGAGCGAGCAAGGACUGGAGAGGGGCAGACAGUAGAUGGACACAUGUGACUCAGUGGCAAUGGUGGGGAGAGGGACAGGGGGGUAUGGCAGGUGUGCAGACAAUGGGUGGUUGAUGCCAGAGGCCCUGCAAAGCCUGGGUCAGUGUUAUUUGUAAAUUUUUCUCCAGUUCUAAGAAAAAAAUAAAAGUGCCCCCCCACCA